AUGAAGUCUUUUUCCAGUGCGAUCAAUAAAACCGGCAAGAAGUUCGCCCCCAAGGCGCCCGCGCGUCGCCCGCCCGCGGCGCCUGCGCGACGACCCAGCGUAGCUCAGCAGUCGCCGGCCGAAACUCCCCAGCCGAAGCCUGCUACGGAAACAGUGGUGAACAAUGAACCGGUCGGUGUCACGCCUCCCGUUGCGGAGGCUGAAAGGCCUGCGGUGUCUGCCUCACCUGCACCAGCUGCAGCUGCAGCUGUGACGGAAUCAACCCCCACCCCCGCUCCAACGGGAACUGAAAACGCAACCUCUAUCCCAAAGCCGACUGCGAUAUCCAAACCGACUCCAAUUCCGCGCACACCAAUCUCUAAACCUACUCCGAUAUCCAGGCCUACUCCGAUUGCCAGACCUACUCCGAUCUCCAAACCUACUCCGAUCUCAAAGCCUGCUUCGAUCCCAAAGCCGACUUCCAUCCCUACUCCGCAAAAGCGUAAGGCAGAGGUCAUUGAUCAACCCGAACCUGACACAAGUGCUCCGCCCACCCCGCCUCCUACUCAACCAUCACCACCUGCCGUCACUUCCACCAAUGAGUCCCGAACAGCGGAGGACCAAGGCCCAGAACAGGCUUUGCUGGACUAUGCCAGAGUCGAAGCUGCACGCGCCGCAGAAAACAUAGUCGAACCUAAUGAGGGUCAGCAACAACCUUCCGUCCCAAAAGAGACCCGCAGCGAUGUCCCACCCGCCAAGCGCGCUAAGAAAGCGGUGCCGACGCCUAUCGCCAAACCAAACCGGAGGAAGUCCACAUCAGCCGCAUCAUCCGCUUCAACCAGUCGUCGUGGUUCCCAGUCGGUUGUCCCCACCAUUGAAGAUCCAACUCAAACUGUUGGUGGAUCCAGUGUCUCAACCCCCGAUCCCACUACGAAGCCGAAGAAGCGGAAGUUUUCCAAGGCCGAGACCUCUGAUCCAGAAGGCAACGAGAAGCCGAAGCGCACUCGUAAGAAGCGCGAACCAACCCCCGAAGAUGCCGAGGGUGUGGAGAUCCUGCCAAAUGUCAUGAAGAUGUCCGAGCUUUGCAAAGACCUGCGAACCGGAAAGAAAUCCAAACGCGAGAUUGAAUUGCGUAAGAUGGAUCAGGAGGAAGAGGAACGGAAAAAGCAAGGUGGCGGGACACCAAUGAAGGAACCCGAACCCGAACCGCAAGAGCAAGAGGUCAACUGGAAACCCCAAUCCGGUCCGAAAAUGCGAGUCGUCAACGGCGAGAUUGUGCUGGAUAAUACAUCCUUGCAAGUCGAUCGCCACGCAGAUGCUGCACGGGAGGCUGGUGAGCUGGAGGAUGUGGAAGAAAGCUCAUUCACCCGCAAAAUCAAUCAGGCUACUUAUGGCAAGCGUUCCAAGACCGAAACAUGGGAUGAGACUAUGACGGAGCUUUUCUAUCGCGGUCUGCGCAUGUUCGGCACCGACUUCAUGGUUAUCAGCAAAAUGUUUCCCGGAAGGUCUCGUCGACAGAUCAAAUUGAAGUUCAACAACGAGGAGCGUCGUGAUCCACAGCGCAUCAAGGAUACCCUGCUCGGUCCUCGUGAAUCUAUUACCAUCGCCGCCUACUCAGAGAUGACAAACACUGUUUACGAUGAUCCCAGAGCUGUCCAGCAGGAACUUGAUGAGGACAAGAAGCGCAUCGAGGACCAGCACGCCAAGGAACAAGAACUACAGCAAGAGCUUUUGCGCAACCCUACUGGUGGCGAUGCCACUGAUGAAAAGAACGAGAAGGGACCUGUCAAGAAGUCACGCAAGAAGCAGGUGAAGGAUGCUGGUGGUGGCACAGAGGAGGUUGUGGGAUCAAUUGAUGACUUCCCAACUGCUUGA